AUGAGUCCCGGGGGAUUAGGAAGAAGCACUUUCUGCUUUGUGCUUCCGAUUAACCUUUGCUUACAGAUAGCAAAUGGCCUAAUUGGAAGUGUAGAACGUGGACCGUUGUCUGCAGCUGGUUGUCCUUUGAUCAUACGCUGUAAACACUUUCAGGUGAUCAAUCUACUUAUAUCCAGAGACAAAAUCUGUCAAGAUCUCUAUGAAACGUUAUUAAGAUGUUCGAAAACGGUUAACGUCUGCGAAUUGGUAGCUUUCGAAAACAGAGACGUGGCUGAAGAUGCACGAGGUUGGUCACGCCUCGACUGGGCAGUGGAAUUUACCCGGCAGGGUAUAGAUAGUGAAUGGGGUGAAAAUGAUCUCAAUAAAGCAUAUCGUAGUUGCGACACAUACCCGGAGCGAUUAUGGUUGCCGGUGGCGGCUAGUACCACUACUCUAAUGGGCUCGUGUCGAUUUCGAUCUCGAGGACGAUUACCGGUGUUAACUUAUUUUUACAAACCUAAUGGUGCAGCUAUUUGCAGAUGUGCCCAACCACUGACUGGCUUCUCAGCUCGGUGUGUAGAAGACGAGAAACUUAUGGAGUUAAUAGGAAAAGCGAAUAAGAAUUGCGACACACUGUUUCUUGUUGAUACUCGGCCCAUGGUGAAUGCUAUGGUGAACAGAGUACAAGGAAAGGGAUAUGAAGAUGAACGAAACUACUCAAAUACAAGAUUUCACUUCUUUGAUAUUGAAAAUAUUCAUGUCAUGAGAGCAAGCCAGCAGAAGCUUCUUGAAGCUUGUUAUAAAUGCCGAACGAUGAGCGAAUAUUUACGAACGCUAGAAUCUUCUGGAUGGUUGAAACAUUUGAGAGCAAUCGUGGACUGUGGAACGUUCUUGGCUGAGUCGAUAUCGAGAGGCUCAUCUCGUGGCGCGCCCAGUUUGGAAGGCUGCCAAAGCUUGUUUAUUCCCAAGGCACUUAUAUUUUUACGACCACAUAAAGCCUGUGACACUCUGACAUUGAAGUAG